AAUUACCACGCUAGUCCAUAUCAGGAAUAGUCUCUCAGACAUUCGAACUUGUUGGCUCGGAGCAUCAUACAUUGCAGGUUGCACCCACGGCCAAUUUCCCACCCCAGUCUGGUGAUUCUCACCUCAAAAUCUCCUAAUAGUCCUCAUAUUGCCCAGGAGCACCCUCUCCAGGCUCAUUUAACAAUGACGCCCCCUGCCCGAGGUCGGGGGACUAGCCAACGCAGCCCGACCGUCUUGGUCACAGAUUCCCGCGACCAGCAACCCCCUUCAACCGCCCGACGCCGGCGUUCCCCCGCAACCCGCUUCAUCACCGUAGACAACGUCCUCCAAUAUGCUUCAGACGUCCCCUCAAUGCAGCAACGCGGCCCGCCACCAACCUCAAGAUCCCGGCGCCUUGCAUCCGCGGCCGGCGGCCUGAUCGGCAGCUCGGGAAGCAGCAGUUCCAGCGCUGUAGCCUCAGCCGCUGGCAAAGCCGGCCGACUAGCCGCACUGCCGCGUCUCCCACCACGAACAACGAAAGUCAGCGAGAAGCUAGUCCUCCUGCCCGACACGGGCGAGCUAGGCGAAGCCGAGAUCGAUGACGAGGACUAUGUGCCCGAAGACCACGCGGAUCUCGUGGACGAAGAGGUCGUCGCUCGUAUUGCCCGGGAGAAAAAUGUCGAUCCGGAAAUGGUGAGACAUCAAUUGCUUGUGCAGAAGCGGCUUGGUGGAGAUUUCGGUGUUGAUAAUGAUAUUGCGCCGUUGCUUGCUGAGGAGGAGAUUCUAAGGAAACGUCGUGUUGCGCCGGAGCGUGCGAAGAGUUAUGCGGAACGGUUGCCGAAGGCGCGUCGGACGGAGAAGCUGGCUCGUGUUACGGCUUAUUGUACCGCUCAGGCUUAUAAGAUGGGGUCGCUUGCUUCUUUUGUUAAGGAGUGGCAUGGUGGGCGGACGAAGCUUUAUGAUGAUUGUCUGUAUACGGCUUAUCAUCUGCCGCUUUUGCCCGGUCAUGAGGGUUAUCGGUUGCGAAGUAGCCCUGUGUUGAAGUAUCCUGGUGGGAAAUCACUUCUGGAUGAGGAGAUUGAGCGCAAUGAACUUCGUGAUCAUCAUGAUGAUUUCGGGGUCGAGGCUGAGGAGCAUUCUGUCGGUGGGCGGAAUCGUCCUGAUGAGGAGCAUCAUUAUGAGGCUUCACCGAGAGACUCGGGGGAUCACAGCUCUCACGAGGAGCAUCGGAAGGAGUUCCUGAACCGUAUCUCUGAGGAGGCUCAUCGCCUACCAGACGAGCAUGAGCAUGCUGCCAGCUCUGGCGAGAGCGUGGAUAGGCUGCAGCAUAUUCCACAGUCCAAUGGCACAGAGGAGAACCGGCCGCCAUCGCCUGAGCCUGCUCUCCGCCGUCGUCGACACAGCACCGAUGACAGCCAUGCUUUACUCCGAGACCGUCCCUCCCCACCACUCCAUGCAACAUCCGCGCCAUCAUCAACACCUCAAGCCCCAGCCCGCACCUUGUACAACGUCGCCGAGAUGUUCGUCUUCAGCUAUGGCGUUGUCGUCUUCUGGAAUUUCACAGAACGUCAGGAGAAGGAUCUCCUCGCCGAUCUGGCAUUCGCUACAUCCUCCGCAACGGGCAUCCCCGUCCCAUUGGCGACAAUGCCGCUCGACGAAGAAGACUUUGAGACAGAGGAAUUCCACUUCGAAUACUCGACCGAGAUCCUCCGUCCCCGUGUCUACAAUGAUAUGAUCACACUCCGCAGUGGCGACCACAUGAUCAAACUCGCUAUCAGUCAUGGCAUAGCCCAAAGUACAAAGCUAUGCUUCUUCGAAGAAGUCAUGGCCCGCCAAAUGGAUGAUGCAAAGGACGUCCCGAGACGACUCGCCGUCACAGGCCAACUAGGCAUGAAACGCGAAGAAGUCUUCCGAAUCCUAGGCCGACUAUUCAAAAGCCGUGUCGAAGUCAACCUUUCAUCAAACAUGCUCGACGUCCCGAACUUCUUCUGGGAAAGCGAACCAACCCUCUACCCCCUCUACAUCGCCGUACGCGAAUACCUCGAAAUCAAACCCCGAAUCCAAGUCCUCAACGAACGAUGCCGCGUCUUCUUAGAUCUCGCUGAGAUUCUAUCUGACUCAAUAGCUGAUAACCGCACUUCCCGUAUGUCUACCCUCACUCUUACCCCCAGUCCCAUCCCCACCCUCAUAUUUAAUAUCCAAUACUCACAAACAAACCCAGACCAAACAUGGAUCAUCAUCGUCCUAAUCGUCAUCUCUAUCAUCGUCACAAUGGCCGAAGUCUUCCUCCGCUUUGGUCUGCUACACGCUCGCGAAGGUGAAGGCGUUGCCGGUACGCCGGCUGGUAUCAUUGCCCGCGCUAUGGGACGGUCUGUUCCGUCUCCGGCGUCUGGUUGGUAUCCGGCUAAUAUGCCUGCUGGGUGUGUUUGUCCUUCUAUGGGGACUGGUGUUAAUGGUGCGGAUAUUGGUAUUAGUGGAAUGAUGGGGCUUUGAUUUGUU